CUGCCGGGUGCUAGAGGCGCCAUUGGAGCCGGCUUGGCUUUCGAGCCCGGCUGAGGAGGCGGAGGUCGGGCCCCAGUUACCGCCAAGUCCGCCCCUGGUUUUUGGCCCUUAAGCGGCAUGGCGUGCGGGGCGACGUUGAAGCGGCCCAUGGAGUUCGAGGCGGCGCUGCUGAGCCCCGGCUCCCCGAAGCGGCGGCGCUGCGCCCCUCUGCCCGGCUCCACUCCGGGCCUCAGGCCCCCGGACGCCGAGCCGCCACCGCCGCUGUUUCAGACGCAGACCCCACCGCCGACUCUGCAGCAGUCCACCCCGCCCGGCAGCGAGCGGCGCCUUCCAACUCCCGAGCAAAUUUUCCAGAACAUAAAACAAGAAUAUAGUCGUUAUCAGAGGUGGAGACAUUUAGAAGUUGUUCUUAAUCAGAGUGAAGCUUGUACUUCGGAAAGUCAGCCUCACUCGUCAGCGCUCACAGCACCUAGUUCUCCAGGUUCUUCCUGGAUGAAGAAGGACCAGCCCACCUUUACCCUCCGACAAGUUGGAAUUAUAUGUGAGCGUCUCUUAAAAGACUAUGAAGAUAAAAUUCGGGAGGAGUAUGAGCAAAUCCUCAAUACCAAACUAGCAGAACAAUAUGAAUCUUUUGUGAAAUUCACACAUGAUCAGAUUAUGCGACGAUACGGGACAAGGCCAACAAGCUGUAAGUAUUGCCAAGUUUUUCUUGGAAUUUUCUAAGUUCCGAGAGCAAGAUUUUGACACUGAGUAUCCUGUCUGCUAAGAGCAAAAGGCCUCUAUGAAGUAAAAGAAGAGCUAACAUUUAAAGCAUAUGUGUGUGUCUGGCAGUGUGCUAAGAAGCCCUUUCAGUCUUCAUCAAAGUUUAUUUAAUCUUUAUAGUUAACCCUAUGAGGGAGGCAGAACUGUUAUUAGCCCCAUUUUGCAGGUAAGGAUAGCACUGAAAAUUUGCCCGAGCUCAUAUAGCUAGUGGUUCACCUAGGAUUAAAACCUAGGUAGUCUGACUCUUUGUUACCUGCUUUUUCUCUGGAAAGGUAGUUCCAGUAGUUAAUUUACAGAAGUUGAUUUCUUAAGCGGAGCCCUGGUGGUGCAGUGGUUGAAAGCUCAGCUGCUAACCAAAAGGUCAGCAGUUCAAAUCUACCAGUUGUUCCUUGGAAGCCCUGUGGGAUGGUUUUACGUCCUAUAGGGUCGCUAUAAGUCAGAAUCGACUCGAUGGCUAUGUAUGAUUUUUUGGUUUUGGUUUUGAUUUCUUAAGGUAGUUUAUCAGGUACAUGAUCAAGAUUUCUUGAUUCUAAACAUCUUGCAACUACCAGUUACUCAAAGCAUAAAUUGUAAAUAGCAAUAUAUCAAAAUUGUGAACCUGGGUCGGGUUUCAUAAAUUCUUGAGAUUUAAUACCUUUAUGGUAGUGACUCGUAAUCCUCCGUGCUGUUUAAUUGUGUGCCAUAAGUCAGUCAACUAACCAUUAGUUAAUAUAAAAAGAGCGACAUUACAUUUUUUAGUAUUCUCACCCUCUUUUUUUUUCCUAAUUCUUUAUAGAUGUGUCCUGAGGCUUUCUUGCAUAUCUGGGUACCAGGUUUAACCUCAAGAGAUGGCUGCUGUACACUUUUUGCAACUGGUUUGAUAUCACAUUUCAGCUCCAACUUUGCAUCCCGAGAACACUUAAACGUUUCUGCAGGUCCAUUUUUAUACAACUUGAAAGACCUUCAGACUUUCUGUUUGCCACAAGCAUAUCUUUCUUUUCUGCUCAUCCAAUAAACAGCUGUGCCCUACUGUGAUAGAUUUUCCAAACAAAAUACCUGGAACAGCAGUUUAGCAAAAUAUGCCUUCAGUGGCACUCAACAAAGGAGUUUCCCCAAGCACAGUUCUGUAAGAAGUGUGUGUGAGAAUGUGUAUAUGUGUGUGUGUAUUUUAAGUUAUUAUUUGUAUUUUGCAAAUUUUUUGAUCUUGGGGAUUCUGGCUGUGAAUUUGAUGCACGACAAUUAUGGUUAAAAACAUUUGCUUGGUCUACAGAAGAUCAUUAAUGUUUUGUGACCAUAUAAGUUGUAAUAGUGGAUUGUUUUAUGUAUAGGUAUUGUUAAAUACAGGGACUGUUUCCAGGCACAGAAUAUGAAUCAUAAGUUAGUAUGGACAUUAGAUGUGAUCAUGAUGACAUUGCGAAGGUCUGCAGUCCUAGGUCUGCAAACAUGUGGUGAGGCAUUAGAACUGGAGACGGGCCAUUUGACACAUGGACUUUGCCUAGCUGUGUUAGAAAAAUACUUUGACUCCAAGCCUUAAAAUACCCAUAUGGAGUCUGCGCUCACCUCAUUCACACAAUCAGAGCGCUCCCUGGACACUGAACCUCCAAGGGAAAAAGAUCUCCCCAGGAGCAAGAACAUCCAGGUUUGCUCGGGAGCAUAGCAAUAGGUGAGCACAGGACUGGGCCAGGCCCCAGAAGCACUGCUACUUGGGAGGAGCCACUUCACCUUUGUAUCAGUCAUUACAAAUAGAAUUUGGAUCCUUUGGUCAGGUUCCCUCAAAUUCUUUUCAGAGGUGUCCAUGUUCAACUGCUUGAGCUUUGUUUUGGCAACCCCCUGCCCGAAGUUGCUUACAGGCUGUUCUUCACCUUGUGUUCAAGGCUGAGGAACAGAAAGUAGCCUCUGUUUUGAGGAGGUGGAAGUUAUGUAUACAUUUAUUUUUUACUGUGACUUGUUCAGGACCACAUUUUACAAAAUGCCUUGUUUCAGUUAUUAUUGUUUCUGGAAAGGAAAGUUCUAUUAAAAUUGUUUUAGUUUUGAAUAUAGAAUAGUUUUUUUAAUUAGGACUUAUUUUGAAAAUUCUGAGUUUACGUAAUUCAAAUGUAUGCCAAUACCUUCCAAAGGUAA